UCGACGUAAAAUUAUACCGAAAAAAAAUACGCCGCAAGUUGAAAUAAUUUUGUUUAUCUGCAAAAAUUGAAUUAAAAAUGGCUGGAGAAGUUAUUGUGGAUGCCUUGCCCUAUAUUGAUCAUGGGUACGACGACGUUGGCGUCAGGGAAUCGGCGCUCGCCAUGGUUGAAGAGGAGUGCAGACGCUACCGGCCAACAAAGAAUUACCUGGACCAUCUGCCGCUGCCAACCACAUUCGAGACACCGCUGAUGGUCAACGAAUUCGAGCGCAUACAGAAUCGCCUGCCCAUGGAGACGCUCUCCAUGAAGCGGUACGAGCUGCCACCCCCGCCGUCUGGGAAGCUAAGCGAGGUGUCUGCUUGGCAAGAGGCAAUCGAAAACUCCAUGGCCCAACUGGAACACCAGUGCGUGCGCUCCCUAAAUCUGGAACUUUUGCUGGACUACGGCACGGAAGCGUGGAAAUCAUACCUUGAGGUAUUCACCGCCAUGCAGGCCAAAGCGCAACUGCAGCUGCAGCAACUGAAAAAGGACAUACAGGACGUGAACUGGCAACGCAAGCAGGCGCAGACGUUGGCGGGCGAAAGGCUGCGCUCCCUGGACGCCCACUGGGUGUUGCUCGUAUCGAAGAACUACGAAAUUGAAACUGAGUGCGUGGAGCUCGAGAAGCUGGUCCAGGCCGCCCGCGAACACAUUCAAACCCUCGGCCCAAUCACUGCCAAUGACACCGCACCAACGCCGGAGCACACAAACGGACAUGCCGAGGAGGACAUCACGGAGAGCAAUGGAAACAGCAAUUCCAAUAGUAAUAGUAAUAGCAGUGGAAGUGGUAGUGGUAGUGGUGACGGAGAUGGAGACGAUGCCGAAGACGUAGACGAUGCCGGUGACGCGAACGGUGAUAAUGCCGCCGAGGACGAAUCCUCAAAUGAGUGAGAAUGAACGUACUAGAUUCAGUAGACAUAUAAUUUGUACAAGUUUAAAUACAUAUAGAGUUCAUAUAACAAGCAGCAUAA